AUGUCCUUCUUCUUGUUAGCACAUGCAGCUAUCUUUAUGGAGGGUGUCAAAUUCACCCCUGCUUAUCUGCAAUCUGCUGGAUUAAAUGUUAGACAAGUGUAUACCAGAUCUCUUCUUGCUGCACUCUGUUUCCAUGCAUAUCAACAAGUUUCUUACAUGAUAUUGCAGAGGGUAUCACCUGUUACUCAUUCCGUCGGCAAUUGUGUGAAGCAUGUUGUGGUUAUUGUGAGCUCUGUGAUCAUCUUCAAAACACCUGUCUCUCCUGUGAAUGCUUUAGGUACUGCUGUUGGUCUUGCUGGUGUUUUCCUCUACUCAAGGAUGAAGCGAAUUAAGUCAAAGCCAAAGGCAGUUUAA